GUGCUCUUCGUCUUGGACGUGUGGGAGGGAACGCCGGGGAAGCCCGGAGGAUGCCGGCCCAGGGGACCCCGCGAGCCGGGCUGGCUGAUGCCCGAGACUGGGGUCCUUGCGGGAGGCCCCCUCCCCGCUCUGCUCUGACCAUCGCAGAGGCGCGGUUGGACUCGCUUUGCCUUAUUUCCUGCUUUGGCUGACAGGGCCCGAGCCUGAUCAUUAACCAGCCCGACGAGCUGCUUGACGGCAUGUCAGAAUGGUGCAAAGAGCAUCACGGGAGGUCCGGUCUUACUAAGGCAGUAAAAGAGAGCACAAUUUCCCUGCGCCAAGCGGAAUAUGAGUUCCUGUCUUUCAUCCGACAACAGACUCCGCCAGGGCUCUGCCCUCUUGCAGGGAACUCUGUUCAUGCGGACAAGAAGUUUCUCGACAAGUACAUGCCGCAGUUCAUGAAGCAUCUGCACUAUCGGAUCAUUGACGUCAGCACGGUGAAAGAACUCUGCAGGCGCUGGUAUCCUGAAGACUAUGAGAUUGCUCCAAAGAAGUCUGCUGCUCAUAGAGCCCUUGAUGACAUCCGGGAGAGCAUCAAAGAGCUCCAGUUUUACAGAAAUAGCAUCUUUAAAAGGAAAACAGACGAAAAGAAAAGAAAACUGGUGGAAAAUGGUGAAAGCGAAAAGCCUGCUAGCUAAUCCUGCAUCCUCAUUCUUUAGGAAAAACUCAAGAAUCCAGGGGAAUCUCCCGCUGAAGAGAACCAUCUCCUUUCAAGCUCCUUUCCUUUCUCAAAAUGGUAACAUGACUGAGUACCAGAUGUGACAGGCGUUCAAGGCCUGGGUUGGGGGCAGGUGCCUUUGACGUUCAAUGGUUGUUCAGCUCAGAAGUACCAAAUACCUCUUGUAAUUGGAGAAUUUGUUUCAUUUGGUCAUAGACACCCUCUUUUGUUAUAGAAUAAAAUCAGCCUUGUUGAAGCCUC